AUGACAGGGAAGGAAGGAAUGAAGGAACGGAUGAGCUGUUUUCACUGAGAGAGUGGCAGUCGCAUCCUCUACCGUCUCCUCCUCGCAACAAGGCAAAGGGAAGAGGGUGAAAGGAUGGCCCGAUCACAACAGCUGUACUUGUUUCUCUUCGUAGUCUUCGUCUCCCUGCAGCUGGCGUCGGCGGACAGGUUCACGGUGGGGGACCGGCAGGGAUGGAACCCCAACGUCAACUACACGGUGUGGGUGGAGAAGCACAAGCCGUUCCAUGUCGGCGACUGGCUCGUGUUCUACUACCAGUCGGGGAUGGCGGACGUGGUGCAGGUGGACGAGGCGGGGUACAACAAGUGCGACGCCUCCAACCCCAUCUCCAACUACAGUAAGGGCCGCAACUACGCCUUCCAGCUCAACCACACCGGCCGCUACUACUUCGUCUGCAGCCGCGGGUACUGCUACGGCGGCAUGCGCCUCGCCAUCCUCGCGGAGCGCCUCCCGCCUCCUUCCCCUCCCCCGUCCUCACACCGCAACUCCGCCGCUCGCUGCCGCCUCUCGUCCGCCCUCCUCGCGCUCGCCGUCUCCCUUCUGUCCGCCGCCGCCCUCUUCCACUUCCACCUGUGAGCCAUGGAUCAGUCGGCGACUCUGUUGCGCCAAAAACACUCGCUUCUUUCUCUUUCCUUCAUUUGGGGUGGACUGAGACAAUCCGUGUGAUACUGAGCUUGUUCCAUGUCAUUCGAUUCGAGACAUUGCAACUCAUCAAACUUCCUGUGGUGUUUAA